CCCCGCCAAUCAAAAGGCAUCCCCGCGUGGACUUGCCGGUGAUGAUAACUACAGACCUUGCCGGCUCAACCCUCUGAUCCUCCAACUCCCUUCCAAAAGUCAAGCCCCCAAAAAAUCAAAAAACCUAAUUUCCAUGCCACCACCAUCGAAUUGAAAAUACCCAUACGGAGAGAUGGCGAUUAUUUAUGCGGUUGUGGCGCGGGGGACGGUGGUGCUGUCAGAGUUCAGCGCUGUGACCGGAAACACAGGGGCGGUGGCGAGAAGGAUCCUGGAGAAGCUUCCAUCGGAAGCUGAUUCAAGACUUUGCUUCUCUCAAGAUCGUUACAUAUUCCACAUACUUAGAUCCGAUGGCCUCACUUUUCUCUGUAUGGCCAACGACACCUUCGGCAGGAGAAUUCCAUUUUCCUACUUGGAGGACAUUCGGAUGAGGUUCAUGAAAAAUUAUGGACGAGUUGCCCACUACGCGCCUGCUUAUGCAGUGAAUGAUGAGUUUUCUAGGGUUUUGCAUCAGCAAAUGGAGUUUUUCUCCAGCAACCCUAGUGCUGAUACUCUCAGUCGUGUAAGAGGUGAAGUUGGCGAGAUCCGUACUGUCAUGGUAGAAAACAUUGAAAAAAUACUCGAAAGAGGUGACCGAAUUGAGCUUCUCGUUGACAAGACUGCUACAAUGCAAGAUGGUGCAUUUCACUUCAAGAAACAGUCCAAGCGCCUGCGAAGAGCUCUUUGGAUGAAAAAUGCCAAGCUCUUGGCCCUGCUGACAUGCUUGAUUGUCUUGUUGCUGUACAUAAUAAUUGCUGCUUGUUGUGGCGGCAUCACUCUUCCUUCAUGCAGAUCUUGAGAUGCAGUUUCGCUGGUGCUGAAUUUACCCUUCGAGGUAUAUGGUUCUGCAACAUCCAUACAUGUAUAUUUCAUUCAAGGGGAGCUCCAAUGGACUAUGAAAUUUUGAUAUGUAUGCGGAAUGUAAAUCACCUUAGGUGCUGAAAUAACACUGUAGAUUCCCAUGCUGUUAUUGCAUGUGGUGUAUGUUGUAUUUAUUACAGAAAAGCCCGAUGUCAUGCUUGUUGUUGUUACUAAUCAUUUGUGUACAUUGUAAAUUCCUUUAUUCUUGCUAUUGUGUUAUUUAGAGCUGAGUUUCAUAUUCA